AUGGAGAAUCCGAGCUCAAACAUAGAGAAAGAUCAACAAGAUUGCUAUGAUGAGUGGAUGAGUUUACAAGCCAGACGAAUGACGGAGCUUAGACAAGCUUUAUCCAACGGUGAAAGAGAUAACGCCAAGCUUCGAGAUUUGAUACGGGCGGUGAUCAGUGACUUUGAAGAUUACGCAAGAAAACGGUCGAAACACUCCCGUCGAUACAGCUCAAACUAUUUCGCUCCGACAUGGAACACUUGUCUUGAAAACGCACUUCUUUGGAUUGGUGGUUGUCGUCCUUCUUCAUUUAUACGACUCGUUUACGCCAUGUGUGGGUCUCAAACUGAGCACCGUUUCACCAAUUUCUUCCGUAACAACAACAUCGAGAAUAGUAUUUUUAACUUCUUCAGAGAAAAUUUGUAA